AUGUCCGCUCAUGACAAGAAGCUGACUCUCAAAGUCUCCAUCGGAAGCAGCGUCGAUCAGCUGCAGCCUGCACAUGUGAAUGAUCCAUCGCAACCAACGCACGUCAGCAACGACACAUUCCAAGGAGACAUACUUGUGCGCAUCAAAGGCUACAAUAACACAGACUUGACAGAGGAAGAGUACUUCAACAAAACCAAGAACACAAGUAGCGUCCAGAUUCGAGGUCAAAUCAAAGCUGAUUUGAAUGCCGAUGAUGUACUGUUUGGCAACGACUUUGACGCGCCUAUCGCAUCCUCACUUCCACCAGGAACGUCCUUAGGCUUGAAGGCCAUGAAGUGGAUCGACCCAGGUCUCGAAACAGACCUUUAUUGCGACAAGCCAUGGGCAUUUUCUCCUUUUAUCACGACAAUGACAGUUCUCAAGACCAGCAAUGGGGCGUGUGGCGAGGGACCAAUGGCAUUAGUUGAAGAAGACACAAGCAGUCUGCUUGGGGAAAAGCUGCCAAGCAAGCAACGGCGCAACUAUUUCGCCACCAAGGCAAACCGAGCCAAAUACUCACUGUCAAAUGCGACAUGCAUCGAGGGCGAUUUCUGCAACGGCUUCAUCGACUUCGAGGACAUGGCAGUAGCAUUGCCAUAUGUCAAUCUCAAGCUAAGCAUCCUCAAGUACUGGAAAGGUCAGCCAUUCAGGUACACAUGCAAAACGCGAGAUGGUAAAAUGCUAUUCUGCGUAGUAUUCGAGCUCGUGGAAGAAUAA